UAAACACAAACAGCACCCAAGUCAACAAGGUUGGAACCCUGCAUCAACAAGUGCUUGUCCAAAUCGCAGGACGCCAGCGACAACGGCAGCAGUCAUUGCGGUGACCCUUCAUGGCCAGGCCUUUGCCAUACUAACUUGCAGCUAUUGACACGGCAUCUUUUCCCCCUCCCCCCCAGUGCACGCUCGUGCCCCGCCAUUCGCUCUUCUAUCCCUUGCUGGCGCGUCUUCCCCGCGUCUACGGUUGUUGACCACCGUCCCCCAGGGCGACCGCUUCUCCAACCAUCAGACUCGGACUUGCGUCUCCUCGCACACCGCUGUCCCUUGAACGACCGCCGACGCCGACACAUAUCAGCGGCCUACAGCAUCUAGGCGCGGCCCUGUACAAUUUGGUCGGAUCCAGAAUCCCUCUACAGCAGCGUCCCGGAGCCACGAGCAACCGACCGCCUCCCACACCGCCACCAUGGAGAACUACCAAAAGCUGGAAAAGGUCGGCGAGGGCACAUACGGCGUCGUCUACAAGGCUCGAGACCUCGCCAACGGGGGGGAAAUUGUUGCGCUCAAGAAGAUCCGGCUCGAAGCUGAAGACGAGGGCGUUCCCAGCACCGCCAUCCGCGAGAUCUCGCUCCUCAAGGAGAUGAAGGACAAGAACAUCGUCCGACUCUUGAACAUUGUCCACGCCGACGGCCACAAGCUCUACCUCGUCUUCGAGUUCCUGGACCUCGAUCUGAAGAAGUACAUGGAGGCGCUGCCGGUCAGCGACGGCGGUCGCGGCAAGGCCCUCCCCGAGGGCGCCUCGAUCAAGGUGGCGCAACUGGGCAUGAACGACCAGGUCGUCCAAAAGUUCAUGAUGCAGCUUUGCGAAGGGAUCAAGUACUGCCACUCGCAUCGAGUGCUGCACCGCGACCUGAAGCCCCAGAACCUGUUGAUCGACAAGGAUGGCAACCUGAAGCUGGCCGAUUUUGGCCUGGCACGCGCCUUCGGCGUCCCCUUGCGCACGUACACGCACGAGGUUGUGACGUUGUGGUACCGGGCUCCUGAGAUUCUCCUGGGCGGACGCCAAUAUUCAACUGGUGUGGACAUGUGGUCUGUGGGGUGCAUCUUUGCCGAGAUGUGCACGCGAAAGCCUCUGUUCCCGGGUGAUUCAGAGAUCGAUGAGAUCUUCAAGAUUUUCCGCAUUCUAGGAACACCAUCAGAGGACCUCUGGCCGGGCGUCACCUCUUACCCCGACUUCAAAUCCUCGUUUCCUAAGUGGCAGAGAGAUUACUCGAACCCCAUCUGCCAUAAUCUCGACGACAAGGGCCUCGAUUUGCUGGAGAUGAUGCUGGUCUACGACCCCGCCGGCCGUAUAUCAGCCAAGCAAGCGUGCAACCACCCCUACUUUGAAGAGUUCAUUGCCCAGAAACAGGCCAGCGUGGGCGGCGGGAAUGGCUACUACAACUAGGGUGCGCGCCAGAGUAGACGCAACGCAGCAUCAGCGCCGGCGCACAAGGGCGCGAUGAGCAGACAAGAGCCUGGCGUGUAGGAGACAACCCGAGAGCAUUCAGGAUACUGCAAGGCCAAUCGGACGUCGAACAUGAUGACAUGUCCUCGAGGUCAUGAUCGUGGAGACAGCAGAUAUUGCCUCUCGGUGCGACAAACCCCCCCCCGAUUCAGGUUGAACAUGCGUUGGCCAGGAGGCUUCGUUGGUCAGACAGACACCACCUGCGGCAGGAAUUCGCAGCAGGAUGUCACUGCCCCAAACGGACGUUGGCCAACGCUGCUAAUAAUGGGCGCACCUUGCGUGUGUAGGACAGCGGGUGUGGACGUGGCUUGCAGAGGAAAUGCGGUUGGCUUUGCCGCGGAGGGGAGGGCACGAUUCUCUUUGUUCUGUCAUGUACGGAGUAGACGAGGCAUACCGGUCUGGAUUCUGGAGGGGCACGACAAUAGACAUAACGACACAUGAGCG